AUGCGUGUGCUCCGACCAAGUGAACCAAGUCCUCCACAAGCCAACUUCAGAACAGAUGACCCCACUGAUGGCACCAACACCAACCAACCUCCAAUCCAAAUGGCUCCGUUUACCCACUCGCACAUCAACUCGCCCACUUCGUCUUCACCUCAAAUCGCCUCUCAGCCUAUUCCCUCUCAAGAAGACGAAGAAGAAGAAAAAAAUUGA